GUGGCGAAAUGUGGAACUACGGACGCCAUCUUGUCAACAAACUGUCAAGGCGGCCGUAGGACAUAGAUGUCCGUUGUGUGUUUUUGUGUCGAUUUUAAUCAUAUAUAUCCGCCAAAAUGCCGAAAAACAUAACCAGUGAAGUGCGUGAGAUAAUAUUAAAAGUGAAAGAGUUUAUGGACGAAGAAAAACGUAUGCAAGUGCCGAUAAUUCCUUUAAGUAAAGUGUAUGUGCGGGUCUCCGCCGCUACAGGUGUAUCAGAACGUACUGUACUUAACAUAGUCAAAGAAGCGCGCCUAGUAGAACAAGGUCUUCUAGACCCAGAGACGCUAAAGAAAACGCCCAAAAAACGCGUUCGUACUAAAGGCAAGAUAGAAGUCGACGAAUAUGACUUACAAGUCAUAAGACGCAAAAUCCAUGAGUUCUAUGCAUUUAAAAAGGAGGUGCCUACUAUUAACAAACUGUUACAAAUCCUAAAGGAAGAAAUCAAUUUCAAAGGGUCUCGAGAAACGCUUCGUAAAAUUCUUCGCAAAAACGGAUUCCAGUUCAGAAAGACGAAAAAUAACAAAGAGAAGGAGCCAGUUCCAGAACCUACGUCUUCAGUGCCUCCAAUGGUCCCACCCUACAUCCACACUAUGUUUAGUCAUAAAAAUAUUCAGUCGUAAGUUUUAGCCUAGAAAAUCUCGAAUAUAGUGAUAAAGGCAGUCGCGCUGGCAACAUUGUUCUGACAGGCGGCCACAACAGUGCCACCCGUCUACGCUCUAACUUUGUCAUCCAUGUUUGGAACUGCAUAAUCUUUAUUGUUGGUUAUAACGUAUGAAUUCUGUAUAAAGAUGAUAAAAAGUAGCGAAUAGUAAUGUAUUUGUACCUAUGUCCUAUGCAGUACUUUUAGAAAACUUGAAUGGCAACUAGAAAUUGUAUUUUUAUGUGUAGGAACUUAUUGUAAGACUGCCAUUGUAAUAUUAUUAAUAGAGUUAGACCAAGCUAAGUUGGCAGCGGUUUUGAUACACAGACUGCGCAAGUGUUAUUUAAACGUCAUAAUUUGAUAGAAGAUUGACAUUUAAAAUAACACUUUCACUGUCUGGGCAAAUCACUGUCAAAUUAGCAUGGCUUAACUAUAUUUGAGAAGCUUGUGAAUAGGCUUUAUAAGUAAUAUUUAACUGUUAAUUUUAGUGAUGAACGGUAGAGACUUUGACAAAGCAUGCAUGGAGUCGAAAUGUAUGUGUAUGAUUGUUAUGUUGUAUACUCUUGCAUUAUAUAAUAGUAGGAAGUUGACGAUUAGGAUCGGAGGCAUUACCAUAAUUCAAGCGAUGUAUCGCAUUAAGGGUAUUAUUCUUUGUAAAGUUAUAAGUAUACAAGGUACAUAAUUUAAGAGAAUCUUGAGAUGAAUUGGCUCGAUUUGAUGGGAUGUGGCUUACUUACUCCUCUGGCGCAGCGACCCAAAGUGUGUCUUGGCCAUGGAGAAUGGGAAAUGAGGAGAUAUAAUUUACUUAUUCAUUGCCAGCGCGAGCUAUGGGGUACCCGUGCAGCCGAAGAUGUAUUUUUGGUCGGUUUGUAGUGAAAAGUGCCUAUGAACAGAGAAUCCACUGCGGGUUGCUGGCAGUGAACAUUUUAACAGCAAAUGGCAUAAAUAUUUGCAAAGCGAAUUCAACUUAGUUCUCAUACUGUAAACACAUAAAACUGCAUUCAAAUAAGCCCAGCGAAAUUAGUAUAAGACAUCUUAAGAAUUAAUCCAUUGGGAACCAGAGAUAAUGAAUUAAUUACAUUGUUUACAACAAUAAAUUUAUUAAUUCUUUAUUGCACAUUGAACUUAAUGCCAUAAGGCAUUCCCUACCAGUUAACCGUUAGGCAAAGCAGAUAAGUUACAGGAGGUGCAAAAAACAUGUGUUCCCAUUAUUAUAUUAAGAAGUAUGUGCCAAAUUUUGACCCAUUUGCCCAUAAUUUACUGUUCGCUCAACAUUGCUUUAAAAUUUGAUAUUCAUACAAUUUAUAAUAAAUAAAAACGUACAUAAUCAAUAAUAAUCAUAAAUCUACACCCAAGGCCAAAAGAAUGGAAACAAGGUUGUUUUCUUUAAUAUAUCAUGUUUCAGUCUUUGUUUUAUAAUUGUAACCUAAAAUUUACAUUAAAAAUACUCGCUAAAUCACAAACAUAUAACAUCCUAACAUAUUGUCAAAAAAAAAAAAAAAUUAGGAAAAAGUAACAUAAUUAUAUCCUUUUAAUUGCUUUGAAAAAUGUUGAACUGAGUCAUUUACUUUUAAAAUGUUCUAUUAUAUUUACCAUUUUGUUUCUAAUGCGGUAAUGAGUGAGAAAAAUCGCUUAAAAAAUCACACUUUUCUAUUAAAACCUAAGCUUGUUUCCAUAAUUUUGGCCGUGGGUGUAAUAUAACUGGAUUAGGCAUGAACGGUGGGGUGGGGGUUAUGGUGGGCAAAUAACCCGACAAAAUUAGGUAGGUUGUUUUUGGUAUGUUGUCAAGAAUAUUAAAACGGAUUUUUAAUUUUGUCGCAUUACAUGUCUGUCCCUCACAGGCGCACGCAUAGCACAUCUAUAGGAUCCUACUAUCUAUGUACAUAAUACAAUUUAUUUAUUAUUACAUAGUAAUACAGUCUGUGGCAUAAUCUGCCUCUCUCCAUUAGGCGGCUCAGAGCAAAGUCAACUCCAAGUAUAUGUUGCUCUAGCAUAUGUUUGAAGUUCAAUUAUUGUCCUCAUGAUAUUUCACCAUCCCUACUAAUAUUUUAAAUGCAAAAGUGUUACUUCUUCACGCUUAACCUAUCAGAACCCAGGUAUUUGUAUACCUACAAUAUGCCAACUAUAUAAGACUCAGUACUAAGUAUACACUGAGAUCUCAUGAUGUCAGAGGGCAUCAGGGGGUAAAACUGCUGGACUGAUUUAGAUGAAAUUUGGUAUGAAGAUAGUAUGAGGGCUUAAGGGAAGGAAAAAGGGUAAUUGUUAUCAGACCAACUUGAGGCCAAAAUUAAUAGGUAUUUAUUUAUGUAUGUAUGUAUAUUUAUUUUUUCUAUAUAUAUUAUUUAUGUAUUUAUACGUAUGUCUAGCGUGGGGAUUAUAGCCCGAGCCCUCUCGCGCAUGAGAAGAGGCCUGUGCCCAGCAGUGGGACGUAUAUAGGCUGAAUUAUUAAAUUAUUAUAUACUUAUGUCUGGCCUAGUGGGUAGUGACCAUGCCUAUGAAGCUGAUGGUCCUGGGCUUGAAUUAAGGUAAGGGCAUUUAUUUGUGUGAUGAGCACAGAUAUUUGUUCCUUAGUUAUGGAUAUUUUCUAUGUAUUUAAGUAUAAGUAUAUAUAUCGUUGUCUGAGCACCCACAACACAAGCCUUCUUGGCUUACCGUGGGACUUAGUCAUUUUGUGUAAGAAUGUCCCUAUAAUAUUUAGAUGGAUAUGUAUUUAUUUAUUUAUACAUAUAGCUUUGUUUUAAAAUCUUUAAUUUGUAAAAAACUGUAUGACGCUGCAACAAAUCAAUCUUUCGGUUUAGCCCACGGUCGGCUGGUAGAGAAUGCCAUAUGACAUUAAGUCUGCCAUUUGUACUGUCAUGUAUUGUGCAAUAAUGUUUCAAUAAAUAAAAUAAACAAUGGAUCGUAGGGUGGCCCACGUUUGUAUGGAAUAUAAAAAAAAUGCAACCAUUUCUCCACAUGGCUUUAUUUGUUCCCUUUGUUCUAUUAUUUUAUUAUUUUAUUUUAUUUUAUUUUAUUUAUUGAACACAAUUCAAGUUUACAGUUUCAGACCAAUUCACUUACACAAACACAAAACAUAAAUUAUCAGGAUUAAUAAAUAAAUAAAUAAACAAAUAUGAAAUUUAUGAAGUAGUAAUUUGUAUGUCAAAUUUUUACUCUUUGGUGUUUGGUGUUAUAGUGUUUUUAGAUCGUCGCCCAAUAAAGGGUUAAGCGAGAUAUUUUUUUAAAUUAUAAAGUCAGAUAAUGUUUUUUUUUCUUCUGGUUCUUACUUAUAUAACAUCGUAAUAUGAGGAACUUUCUUCAGACUUUUCUAAUCCCGGUCUGUACAGAUCUCCCAAAUGGACUUCGUCUAAGGUCAAGGAUAAAAAAUGUAUGGUUGGGAAGACCUUAUUGGGCUAGAACCAUUGACAUAUAUAUUAAGGACGGAUCUUACGGGCAGUAAGAAUGGUGCCAGUUCAGUGGUGUCACCCACGAAUUCGAGCCAAUCUUGUAGUCUUACGCAACUAGUUGCGACCAAUCGCGCGCGUGAUGCGAACUCGUCGACCAAUCGCGUUGUGGCGUUAGACUGCACGAUUGGAUCGAAUUCGUGUGCGUGACACCGUUAUACGUCGUGAACGUACAACGGUGUCACGCACAGGAAUUCUGAAAAUAUCAAUACGGACAAAGUGCCAAAAAUAUAUGUACACACUAAUAUAUAGGCAAUGAGGUCGUUUAUACAUAUUUUUGGCACUUUUUUCGUAUCGAUGUCCCUAAAAAUGAAUUAUGGAAUGUAUUGUGAACUCUCUCGUCUCUUUCUUAUAAAUAGCGGCGUCUCACUCAGCUGCAUAUACAAUGUAAAGCGCCUGUAAAUGUAAAACAAUAAGUUACUUAGAUAAUUAUAUUUUAGAUAAUUGUACAUUUUAGAUAUAGUUAUAUUAAAAAAAUCGUAAUUAAACUAGUUAGAAUAAAGA